AUGAACAACAACCUGCAGGGGCUGACCCAGUACUGGAGGCUGUACAUGUUGACUUUCAUUCUGGGACUUGGUGGAACACUGCAGUAUGGACUCCAAGUCUCCAUCAUGACUUCACCUGCUCAGCACAUCCAGGAGUUUGUGAACCAGACCUGGCUGGACAGGUACGAGGUCCCUGUGGGGGAGUCCACCAACACCCUCAUCUGGUCCCUGAUGGUGUCCAUCCUGAGCGUAGGGGGCCUGAUCGGAACCAUCCAUAGCAGAGUCCUCCCAGUCAAAUACGGACGGAAAACCUCAAUGCAGAUCAAUAAUGUGGUGGCCAUCCUGGCAGCUGUACUGAUGAUCCUCUGCCAAAUGUUCAAGUCUUUUGAAAUGAUUCUCAUUGCACGGAUCAUGUAUGGAUACAAUAUUGGAAUGGGUAUAAAUCUGCACCUGAUGUACCUGAGUGAAAUCUCUCCAAAGAGGCUGCGAGGUUUCCUCACCUUAACCAGCUCCAUCUUCCUCAGCUUAGGGAAGCUCCUGGGACAGAUACUCGGGAUCAGCGACGUGAUGGGGACUGCAGACUUGUGGCCGUAUCUGCUGGGCUUCAGUGGCCUUCCUGCCAUGCUGCAGUUUGUAUUGCUGCUGUGGUUCCCAGAGACGCCGCGUUACCUCUUCAUCGACAGAGGAGAUGAGGAGGGCUGCAAGAAAGUGCUUGGUUGGCUGUGGCAGGAGGAGGACGCGGGGCUGAAGCUGGAGCUGGAGGACAUGAGGAAGGAGCGGGAGAGCCAAUCAGAGAAGGCCAAGACGGUGCUGGACACCCUGACCUCCCGCAGUGUCCGCUGGCAGCUGCUGGCCAUGCUCAUCCCCUCCUCCGGCCUGCAGUUCUGUGGCAUCAACGCAAUUUAUUUUUAUGCAUUUCACAUUUUCCAUGAAUCUGGAGUCCCAGCGGAGAAAAUGCAGUAUCUCUCACUGGGCAUUGGUGCUACAGAGGUCAUCACUGUAUCACUGUGUGGUUUUACCAUAGAGCGUAUGGGCCGUAAGAAGCUGUUGGGCUAUGGCUACCUCCUGAUGGCCAUUUUGAUGUGCAUACUGAUCGUCAUGCUGACCAUCAAGGACAUGGCACCCUGGUUACCUUAUUUCAACAUUGGCCUUCUAUUCACCGUCAUCUGUGUCUAUGGCUUAGGCCCGUCUGGAGCAUCGAUGUGCCUUCCAGCCGACCUCUUCCUCCAGGUCUGGCGGCCGGCCGCGUUUGCAGUCGGAGGCAUCGUCAACUGGGUCAGCCUCUUCGGCAUUGGGAUGGUCUUCCCCUAUGUGGUGGAGGGAAUGGGCCAGUACUGUUUCCUGAUAUUCGUGACCUACUGCACAUUCACGUCCUUCUUUGUGCUGUACUUCAUCCCAGAGACCAAAGGGAAAACCUCAAUGGAGAUCGAUGAAGACUUUAAAAAACUGAACUUCAAAAACACCAGCCAAAAAUCUGAUGACUUCUUGGUAACCAAACUGUAGCUGUGUAGUACAUUUCCCCAUAACACCUCCUUUACUAUUUUUUGUUACAUUUGUGCAAUGUUCACACAUUUCAAAUGUGUUAUUUUGCAUUGCCUUUUCGUGAACUUUUGAGAUGGUCACAGUUAUGUUGGCAGAGGAAGGGGCACGCUCCAAAGUGUUCCCACAACUUUGAAAGCUUGGAAUUGUUUUAUUGUUUUGGUAUCCUGAUGGUUCAACCUGGUGCUUUUCCAACAUGACUGUGCAACAGUGCACAAAGCAAGGUCCAUAAAGACAUGGGCGACAGAAUACUAUUAUGGUAUGGAUGAAGUUGAGUCCUAACCUGAACCCAAUGGAACAACUUUGGGAAAUGAAUUAGAUUGGAGACUGAUUCUGAGAGCCAGGCCUUGUCAACCAACAUCAGUAUGUGACCUCACCAAUGUGAUUUUGGAAGAAUGGUCAAAAAUUCCUAUAAACAGUCAUCCUUGUGGACAGUUUUCCCACAUGACUUGAAGCUGUAGUAGCUGCAAAAGGUGGACCGAUGUCAUAUUGAACCCUAUGGGUUAGGAAUGGGAUGAGAUCAUAUGGUUGUCAAGCCAGGUUAGUGAAUACGUUUGGGGGGUGUCAUAAUACUCCUAGCAUUGAAUAGAACAGUCCUUAGGUCUUCCUAAAGGGGGAUUCCCCCCCCCCCUCCCCCUUGCAAUAGUAGAACCCGGAAACAAUGGGCCAAUGGAACCUCUCUCUCUCUACUCUCUCUGGUUCUACCCAUCUUCUUCACAGGAUGAGGGAGACAACGGGCUGGAGUGUUAUGUGUAGCACCAGUAAUAUGUGUCUUGGGAGUGUCUUAUUGUAUUUCAUUUAUCGUAUAAGGCUAAAUGUUUUCUCAGGGAAUUACACAUUUAAGGGAUUCAAGUUACCGGCACAUCCUUUAACGCAAAACAAAAAAACCCACGAUACAACACAUGUAGGUAACAUAUUUUAGGUAGGAUUGUGAUGGAAAAUACACUCACCGGCCACUGCAUUAGGAACACCUUUCUAGUGCUGGGUUUGACCCCCUUUUGCCUUCAGAACGGCCUGAAUUGCCUGCAACAAUACUCGGGUAGGCUGUGGCAUUGCAACAAAGAUAAAUUGGUACUAAUUGGCCCAAAUUGUGCUAAGAAAAUAUCCUUAUGCCAUUAUAUCUCUAGCCUGAAACAUUGAUGUACGGCAGGGUUGACCCAUGUUUUCAUGCUGUUGACACCAAAUUCUGACUAUUCCACCUGAGUGUUGCAGUAGAUAUCAAGACUCAUCAGACCAGGCAACAUUUUUCCGAUCUUCUAGUGUCGUUUAUGGUGAGCCUGUCCAAAUUGUUGCCUCAUUUUCCUGUUCUUAGCUGACAGGAGUGGCACCAAAUGUGGUUUUCUGUAGCCCAUUUGCCUAAAGAUUUGAGGUGCUGUGUAAUCAGGGAUUCUCUUAUGCAUACCUCGGUUGUAAUGUGGUUAUUUGACUUAAUGUUGCCUUUGUAUCAGCUCAAACCAGUCUGGCCAUUUUUCUCUGACCUCUGCCAUCAACAAGGCAUUUUUGCCCACAGAUUAGCUGCUCACUGCAUUUUUUUUCUUUUCCGUACCAUUCUUUGUGUGUGAAUAUCCCAGUACAUCAGUCUUUUCUGAAAUACUCAAAUCAAGCCUUUUCGGCAUCAACAGCCAUGCCAUGUUCAAAGUCAUUUAAAUAACCUUUCUUCCCCAUUGUUAUGCUCGGUUUUAACUGCAUCAGAUCAUCUCGCCCAUGUCUACAUGCAUAAAUGCAUUGAGCUGCCCUCAUGUGAUUGGCUGAUUAGAAAUUUGCCUCAAUGAACAGCUGUAACGGGUGUUCCUAAUAUAGUGGCCGGUGAGUGUAUGCAAUACAGAGCAGAUGGACAAUGGAAGUGUUUACAUCUUAUGGAUUCUGUAUCAUAUAGUUGUACCAUAUACACAUACUUGUAAUAUGUGUUGCUAAUGUGUUAUAUUUCAUCCCACUUCAUUGGAAAUGUUAUGUUUUAUUGCAGUAAAACUAAACUUGAAUCAACAAUUUGUAUUGUUUGAGCACUUUAAAUUAUGAUUGAAACUGUGAAAAUAUAUGUAUGAAUAUGAUUACUUUCAUGCAUAGAAACUUUCAUCCUUUGAAAACUACCUUCAUCAUAAGUACCACAUAAGUCUAAAAGCUUAAACUACAGUAAAU